AUGGCUUUCAAAGCUGUGUGGUUUAUGGUGGUUGCUUUUCUUUUUGUUACUGCAAAGGCUUCAUAUAUGGAUGAAGACUUGAAGGAGAAGGCUGUUUAUUCCAAAUCUGUGGUACCUACACCAGCUCCUGCUACUCCAGUGGUCAAGCCACCUACUUCCUCACCUCCAGUGGUCAAGCCACCGACUCCCGCCCCUCCGUUGGUCAAGCCACCUAGUCCCGUGCCGCCAGUGUACAAACCACCGACUCCCGCCCCUCCAUUGGUCAAGCCACCUAGUCCCUUGCCACCAGUGUACAAGCCACCCACUCCCGUCCCGCCAGUUAAGACACCACCUCCAGCACCGCCAGUCAAUCCCCCCACAGUACCUGUGCCUCCUGUGAAGCCACCCAGUACUCCUGCCCCACCACUCUACAAGUCACCACCUCCAGCACCCCCAGUCAGGCCACCCACACCUUUGCCUCCUGUGAAGCCACCCACUACAGCACCAAUGCCUCCGCCAGUUAGGACUAGAUUGGAUUGCAUCCCUCUAUGCGGACAGAGGUGCAAAUUACAUUCUAGGCAGAGACUCUGCGUUAGAGCUUGCAUGACUUGCUGUGACAGAUGCAAAUGCGUGCCCCCAGGGACCUAUGGUAACAGGGAGAAAUGUGGCAAGUGUUACACUGAUAUGACCACCCGCCGCAACAAGCCCAAGUGCCCUUGA